AUGUUCAACGGCCAAGAACUGCGAUACACACCCGGCCCCGAGCCACAAGCCCCGAUCAAUCCCGAUAGCCAACCACCCCACCCAGUUUCUGACCCGCUUACCGGCGAACUGAUAGAACAUAUCCCUCAACCUGGUGCUCUACCUCCAGUGGAAGACAUCCCAUCCCUCGAACAAGUCAAAGGUUACCCUGAAAUCUUAGUUAUCAACUCCAGGAUCUACGUCCUCCCCGAAGGUCUCGAUAUCCAAGCAGAAAACCUGCGGGAGAACCAACUCCUUCGCCGUGUCGACAAAUUCCUGAUCUCCUCAUUGAGACAGGACCCAGACGGUCGCGUCUGGUUCCUCGGUACAUGGUUCUACACAGCCAAGGAGGCCAAACAAUACUUCAGAGACAAACGAACCCGCGAUAUCCUAGACAGACUAGGCGUCCGAUCCGAGCUCAUACUCUCGGAUCACUGGGAUGUGGUGCAUCCAGAUACUGUCAUCGAUGCGGCCCCAUAUGAUACAUUCGUCUGGGACGACAAGGAGAGUACGACCUUCCCUCUCGAAGGGUGGUUCGUCAGGUACCACUUGACUAUCCCUACCACUGGAAACCCCGCCAAACUUAGAGCGAUCGCGGGCCCUAUAACAAACCCCACCUUCCUCCCCUUCAUCCGCACAACAUGCAUUUGCAAAAAGAUAUUCGCACCCGACGACGAUAACCAAAUCCACUGUCCAUCAUGCAAGACGUGGUACCACUUCCAAUGUACCAAACUCGCCAACCCUCAACCACAGCCUCCUGGAACGCAGCCCCAUGCUCCCGAUCCAGAACCCCAGUCUCCCCGGGAGAUCUCAGGCUCUAGUAUUAGUAUCACACCACCACCCACUACGAGUACCACGACUCCCCGCUGGAACCCCUCCGACUCCCUCUUCAAAAACCUCUCCCGCGCACCCACGGUCCGCGGAAACUUCAACGGUCCAGACAAAGAAGCCUCCGUCCCAAUGGUAUUCGGAAACGGGUACCAACUCGCUCGCGUAAGGGAACAAGCGCCGUCGGGACACCAUCCCAAGAGGGAGGACGAUGCCUAUUGGGAGGGUGUGGUUAAGAACCAGACGGUAUUGAUGACGAUGCGUGCGAGGCAAUUCAAGUAUUACGUGUGUCCGAAAUGCCAGAUCGCGAUAUGA